AUGCCAUGCAAUUACACUGCUUCUCCCAAAACAGUGUUGUUGCUCACCGCUGUCGUUCACGUCCUGGAUAACGACAACCAACCCCAAACUUGCCGAGUUCUCCUAGACAGUGGUUCCCAGGUAAAUUUCAUCACCGAUCAGUUGGCCAACACGCUGCGUCUCGAGAAACGAAAGGUCGAAGUUCCAAUUGGUGGCAUCAACGAAAUUAAAACUGUCGCCCGCCACCUCAUCAAGGUUCACCUCCAAUCACGCUGUAGUGAUUUCCGCACCGAGCUAGAAUGUCUAGUCAUCCCGAAGGUGACUGGUCCGAUCCCAUCAACCAACAUCGACAUCACUGAGUGGCAUUUCCCCCAUGGUGUCCAAUUAGCAGAUCCAAACUUCUUCAAGCCCGACAAAAUCGAUCUACUGAUUGGAGCAGCGCUCUUUUUCAACAUCCUCAAGACCGGCCAUCUCAUACUGGAUCCCUAUUUACCUGAACUCCGAGAGUCACACCUUGGUUGGCUUGUGACUGGUACCCUGACAACGAAAUCCAACUAUGAGCCCAUCCAAUAUGCCCAACUAGCCUCGGUGGAAUCCAUCGAAAAUUCCAUCACCAGAUUCUGGGAACUUGAGGAAGUACCAACCGCUCCGAAAAUGACAGCCGAAGAGCAGCAAUGUGAGGAACAUUUUGCUGCCACCCACACUCGUGAUGUUUCCGGUAGGUACACCGUCCGAUUGCCGCUGAAACCAAAUGCCGACAAGCUGGACAGCUGCCGAAAUCUAGCAUUGAAAAGAUUUUUUAUGCUGGAAAAUCGUUUGCAACGAAAUCCCGAACUGUGGUCACAGUAUGUUGAAUUCAUUCGUGAAUAUCAACUGCUUGGUCACUGCCAAACAAUCAACGAAGCCGACGACCCGCCCCAGCGUGGAAAAUAUUAUCUUCCACAUCACGCUGUACUUCGCCCCAGCAGCACCACCACAAAGUGCAGAGUGAUGUUCGACGGAAGCGCCAAAUCAUCCCCGUCUGGUCUUUCCCUGAACAACGUCCUCAUCGUCGGCCCAGUGGUUCAAAACGAUUUAUUCAGCAUAAUGCUAAGGUUCCGCAAACAUCGAUACGUCUUUACGGCUGACAUCGCCAAAAUGUACCGACAAGUGCGAGUGCAUCCCGACGACACUGGCUAUCAACGCAUUUUCUGGAGAGAAAACCCGAAACACCCCCUGCAGGUUCUAGAGUUGACAACCGUCACCUAUGGGACCGCAUCAGCUCCGUUUCAAGCAACCAGGUGCUUGAUACAACUCGCCGACGACGAGGGAGACAAGUUUCCCAAAGCUGCUAACAUUCUGAGACAUGAUUGUUAUGUUGACGACAUCAUGUCUGGUUCCGACAACAUCGACGACGUCAUUGAAAUUCAACGACAGCUGAAGGCCAUUCUACUGAAGGGUGGUUUUCCUGUCCACAAAUGGUGCUCCAACUCAACACAAUUGCUCGAGCACAUCCCGGUGAAUGAGCAAGAAACCACCAAACGAUAUGACGAAUUCGACAUCAACGAAGCGAUUAAGGUCCUAGGCGUUCUGUGGGUGCCUAGUACUGAUCAGCUUUUAAUUGCCCGAUGUACUUCCCCGACGGUUAACGAAAAGCAGCCCACCACGAAACGAAUUGUGUGUUCCGAAAUCGCCAAAUUGUUCGAUCCAUUGGGAUUGAUAUCGCCAACCAUCGUCAUCGCCAAACUCCUGUUCUACUUUGGACUUUGGAUCAAAAAACACCCCGACCGACUUGAGAUCUUUGUGCGCAAUCGAAUUGCUGAAAUCAACCUUCACACCCAACAAGAACAGUGGCAUUACGUUCCAUCGCAGUUCAAUCCAGCCGAUAUUGUGUCGAGAGGCCAACUGCCGUUCCCGCUGAGCCAAAAUACGACGUGGUGGGAAGGUCCACAAUUCCUGACCGAAGCAACUUUCAUCGAAGAGCGCCCAGAAGACAUCCCCGAUGAUGAAUUGCCGGAGUUAAAAGUCAACUUGGUGACUACUCUGGCAACCAAUCAAAAACCGUUGGACGUUUUCACCGAUGUGAGCUGUUUCCGAAGGCUGCAACGAAUUAUCGCCUGGGUGUUGAGGUAUCUGAACAACCGCCGCAAGCCGAAAGAGGAACGUGUGUUGCAUCCGCAUUUGACUAUCGACGAGCUUCGAAAUUCCAUGUUGGUCAUCGUUCGUGUCAUUCAACGUUUGGAAUUUGACGAAGAAAUCAAACGAGUCCAAAAAGGUGUCCCGUGUAAACGAUUAGCAGCUCUCAAUCCCAUCCUAUCCGACGGUCUUCUUCGAGUUGGUGGUCGACUGAGACAUUCCAACUUGCCCGACGAAUCAAAGCAUCAGCUCAUCCUACCAAACAACAAUCCGAUCACAAAGCUACUGGUCCGAGCUUUGCACCUUGAGCUUCUCCAUGUCGGUCCGAGCGGGCUCAUCUCAGCGCUUAGACAACGUUUCUGGUUGCUUAACGCCCGUUCAACCGUUCGCAAUGUUACACGGCAAUGCAUCAAGUGUUUCCGUGUGAAUCCAACUAACGUCCAGCAACUGAUGGGUAAAUUGCCAAAGCAGCGUGUGGUGUUUUCCUCGCCGUUCAACAUCACCGGUGUCGAUUAUGCUGGUCCAAUCCAAGUGAAGCAAGGUAAAUAUCGUCCGAAGGUGGUCAAGGCUUACGUCUCGGUGUUCGUGUGCAUGGCCACAAAAGCAAUCCAUCAGGAAUUGGUGUCAGAUUUGACGACCGAUGCAUUCAUCGCUGCCCUAGAGAGGUUCAUCAGCCGCCGAGGAAUGGUUGCCGAAUUGCAUUCCGAUAAUGCAAAGGUGCCAGCAACGAACUCCAUCAAUUGUACCAGCAGUUCCAGGAGCAGCAACAAGCCAACAGAAUCGAGAGGUAUUGCCAGUCGAAAGAAAUCGCUUGGCAUUUCAUCCCGCCAAAUGCUCCCGAGUUUGGUGGCCUUUGGGAGGCCGCUGUAA